GGUCAGAGGGGGGUCACAUGAGGGAAGUAUGUCAUUUAAGUGGUGCAAAAGCACAGCCAAGUUUUGAUGCUCAGUUGGGGGUCAGGGUUAUUUUGAACAAAAAUGGAAUAAAAUGUAACAAGAAGUCACUUGAUUGCUCACAGUAAAGAUCACAGAAGAGUGUUAACAUUUUGCACACUGCAUUUAUAGUUUUACUACAGUUAGUAUUUAUUAAUUAUGUCAAUACAAAUUUUGCUGAAACCAUGCACACAUCUUACCUGCUCUAAAUGAUGCCCUAAUUAGUAUUUGUUACAAUUAAGCAGAGGAAACAAACCAUGACGUUUUUAGAACUUUUGCUGUCUUACUAAUAGCAGUAUCAGCACAACCCUCAAAGCUGAAAUAGAUCUUGCUAAAUAACAAAUACUGCCUUGAUCAAAUAGAAUACACAUAAAGAACACAUAGCUCUUGUCUGGUUAUUACUGAUAUGCUUGUAUGCUAAUAGUGGAUUCUUUACCUGUAAUUAUCACAGUUCUUAUUAAAAUACUAAUAAAUAUAGCUGAAAAGUUUGUCACAAAGGUACUUUUAGAUUAUGGUUUGGAGAAUUGUUUUUGAAGUGUGGAUUUUUAGUCAAAACCUAGCAAUCGUACAGACACCAAUUAAUAUAAAUUAGCAAUUUGUUGGCCAUUAUUUAUGUAUUGUUAAUGUAUUUUGUUGCUUUCACUACAGAGUUUGAGAAACAUUGAUGCCAUACUUGCCAUGUGUUAUGCAUUUUUUGUGGUUUAUCUUCUAACUGCUUAAUACACAUUUUUCUAUACUUGUGUAAAACACUGUGUGACACACAUUUAUUUCAAUCCUGCAGAUGCACUUGAGAGUCUAGCACAGACUACAUGCCUGUGUAAAAUACAGCACUGGGUUCUUUAAAACAAUUUAACGUGAAGAAUUCUCUGCAUGUGUAAAGAUGGUUGUUGUUUCAAUAGGUAAAAGACAAUUGGAUUUCUAAUUUUGUUUUGAAAUGGAACAAUAAAUUCUAACAGGCAACUGUGGUCUAGAAGUGUUACUUGUAAGAACGUAGUCUCAGUAAAGAUGUGUUGUUGUGUUAUUAACAGUGAAGCUAGUUAUUAACUGAAAGUAUGAAAACCAUUCCACAUCUAUUUGUCAUAGAUUAUAACUGGUGGACUUUGCUCAGUGAUAACAGUGUAUGAUACCUGAAGUUAGUUCAAAAGUCUCCAUUGCUUUUUGUGCAUGAGUUCCUGAGAAGCUGUGUUUCUCCAGUUAAGGACAGGAAAAGUAAGAAAAAGUUUGGAUUGUUUUGGGGAGAAGUGGUGGGUGGGGGAGGUUACCAAUUUCUGAAUAUGCUUUUUGACAAAUACCUAAGACUCCAAAACUGUACGUUUAAGGUAGAACAUUGGCAAUGGUUUGGGUAUUUUAAGUUUGGUUGGUUUGUUUUUUGAACGUUAAAAGCAUUUCUGCUUUCUACUUGACUGUAGUUAUGAUGAACUUACCAUAAUUUUACAUCUUACAUAUAGAUACUAUGGAUAGCCUUCGCUUGAGUGUCAUAGCUGUGGUCCUUUACUUUAAUCUUCCUGGAUCGAUGGAAACCAAGUCACACCAGAUUCUCUCUGAUAUUUCUCACCAUUCAGACUGCCGGUGGGAUGGGAAGUUCUUAAUGAAUUGUUCUUUUACUGGAAUAUCUGCUAUUCCAAAAGAUGUAUCACAAACAGCGAUAACAGCUGAUUUAAGUUACAACAACAUUAAAACAUUCCUGUGCACCAACGGCAGCAAUGAAGAAUGGAUGCUGAAACACCUGAAUCUCAGUAACAACCUGAUUUCUGAACUCUCCUUAGCUACUUUUAGAAAUUUACCAGUUUUAGAAACGCUAAACCUCAAUGGUAAUGCCAUCAGCACCCUCACACUGGACAUACCUACACCUGCACGUAGGUCUGAAAAGUACAAAGAAGCCUAUCACCUCUUGCCUGCUUUGAAAGUAUUAUCAGUUGAAAGAAACAAUCUUAAUACAAUUCCUAGAGGACUAAAAAUGCUGCAGUCUUUACAAACCAUCCAUUUGUCAUCCAAUGACAUACUACAGAUCGAUCUGAAUGAUUUUCAAAACUGCUCACAACUGAAGAAUAUCUACUUACAAAACAACAAGAUAACUAAAAUUCAUCCAGACGCCUUCAAGGAUCUGAACAAAUUACAGGUCGUGGAUCUUCGUGGAAAUACUCUGACAACCCUUCCACCACAGAUAUUAACCGAUUUGAACAUAUUUCACCUUGAAGUGGAUUUGUCAAAUAAUCCCUGGAUAUGUAACUGCAGAGUAAAAGCUUUCAAACAUUUAAUUCAUUUUCUUUUUGACUCAAUGAGGAAAAAAUGGAAUAUUUCAUGCAAUAAAUGUGCCAACGUCUCACAGAAACCUCUCCUGCCUCUUUCAAGUUUCCAUUUAAACUGCAAUGACCGCGUUUCAUUUAAAACAACUGUAAUCCCAACAGGAAAGACAAUCGUACUAAACUGUGACUUGGAUAACACAAGGGGCAAUGGGGUCUCUUGGUGGACACCUACUGGCAGAAUUUCAAAAGAUAAGAGUCUUCCUCACAUGGCACUGGAUAAAAUUAAUAAUUUAGUAAUCUACAAUGCUGACAGAACUGUUCAAGGGUUUUAUAUGUGUAUUUUUAAUACAACAAGGAAGAAAUCUCUCAUCUACAACAUAGCGGUAAAGGAAAAGCUUUCAGCUACUUUGGUUAGAAAAACACGGGACACUAACACUGUUUUUAGACAAGGAAGAACCGAGCAAGGUCUUGCACUGGCUGUCUGCCUCUCAGUGUUCAUUACAUUUGUUUGUGCUUUUUGUCUGGGUGCUUUUGCUAGACCCUACCUUGUGAACUUGUGGAGACUCAUGCGCAGAAGCAAAAACUCAGCUUCAGAACACAUUUAUUCUAAUCAAGCUUUUCCAAAUGAAACUCUGAGCAGAGAGCAUUCUGCAAGCAUACCAGCAAAUACACCGAAUGAUUUGUUCAUUUGUGAUGAAAAUUCUUUUAAAAACUCAUGUACUUUUCCUACAGAGACUUCUAGUUUGUACGAAAGUGUCAUUUAUAGCAAUGUACAUGCACCAAACACUGAGGGAAAGUACCAGAAACAAAGCAGUAACGAGAUCAAAGCAAAGCAAAUACCAGUGUUUUCAAACAGCAAAGCAACUAGUAUCAGCAAUAACGAUUAUAUAGAUGUUGAUCAGAACGGACAAUUCUCUGUAAGGACGGACUGCAAAAACAGCAAUGAAGUAACACCAAGAAAAUUAACAAACAAUGACAUUUCAUUAUGCAAAGAUUCAAAAUAUGCAAGUAAUGAAGACUCAGAAAGGAGCACUUUCCCUCCCAUAUCCAGCAGAUUGAAUGCUGACUCUUACUCAAUUCACACUGAAUCUUCAGAUUUAGAUUUCCCCUUCACACAAGAGACUGGCUUUCCAUUUUCUGGAAUACAAACACAUACAAAUGCACAAUAUUCUGGGAACGGUGAGAUAACUAACAAAUCUGAUCUGCUGCAGUCUGAAAUUACAGAGGCUACACCAGAUUCUCCUGAAUGGAAAGAAAUGAUCUCACAUAAUGAGCCCCUAAGCCAUACAAUAUUCAUGCCCAGAACACAAAACUGCAAUGAAGAGCUUGGUGUAAAUGGUAAAAUAAGUAAAAUCAGUGAUGCGGGAGAUUUUAUUCUACCCAAUAGCUGCCAGAAAGAGACAAAUCAUGAGAAUUUAAGUGCCUACUUAACAAGAGAAAAUUCUUCUCUUGCAGAGUAUUAUAAAUCAGAAGGUACUAAUGAAAGAGAUGAUUCAGCAGACAUAUUAGGUGAUAGCUCUUCAGACGAAGGGACUUCAUUUACAAUGAGUGACUGCAGUUCUUUAGCAGAUUUUGAACUGGGACAACCAAGCAACAAUCUCCCAAGCUGUCAGUCAUCACUAGAAAAGGCUGAUACAAACAAUGGAACCAGUAAGUCCUCCACAGUGCCAGAGUCUCCAAGCCUUGCUGCUGAACUUCAGCAUAUUGGAAAAGAUGAAAACACAGACAAUGCUUCUUUUGAAGCCACUGUUAGUUAUGGAUCAGAUACCACCGUGUCUGAAACAGAAUCAUCUUACCCUGACAAAUGUAGUGAUCAUGUAACUGUCUCAGAUUCUGACACAAUCAGUUUUUCUAGUCAAAAAGUUCCUGAUAUGUUUAAGUGUUUUACCAAUCCAGAGUUAACUAUUUCUGAUUCUCUCUGCAAAGAAAAUAUGAGUUGUAAUGAUAUGAUGUUAGUUUCAUCAAAACAUUCUCCCAUAUAUGCCUCACAUAUAGAGGACACUCCUUCCGAAGAGACAGACUUGCAGCGCUAUCAAUUUCCCAUUCAACCCCAGCACUUUCAGAGAUUCAGUCCUACUAAACAAAAAGAAAACGCAGCAGAGAUCAGUGCAGAAGAGCAUGUAGAGAGGAGUUCCUCUGAAGAGGAUCACAGUGAAGGGGACCUUACAGUAAGAAGGAACAUGAAUACAUCCGAGAACAAUCAUUUUACAUUUACUCCCACUGAUUUUGGUUUAAAUCAAAUUGCUAGAAAAGCAUCACUACUGUGUUCCAACAUAGCCAUCAACGAAUCAUCUCUUCAGUCUCAGCCUGAAAGUACAACUGAAAGAUGUGUUUUCGUUACCACUGAAAAAGAUGAGGGGAAGCAAGUGAAAACGCCCAAGACUCGUGCAGAGAAAAUGCAAAAAGGCUUUAGGAACGAAGAAUGUGAUGAGGAUAGAGAAACGCAGCGUAGCACCAAUUGCUGCCUGCCUGAAGAAAUGCAGUCCUGCAAUGCUACGGUAGAUCUGCAUCACCUUAACUCUUCUGGAAAAAUGCCGUCAGUCUUCAACACAGAAAGUGAUUCCCCACUGGAUCAGAGUGAAGAAAAUGCAUAUUCCUCAUCGCUCCCACAAGGCUUCUUUAAUGAAAGCAUACAAUACAGUUUAUGGUCAUUCCCACAAAAGACUAGAGGAAAUGCAACCUCCAGAAAGACCGAUUCCGGUGAGACAGAGGAUGACACUACUUUGACAGAACUGGAAAACAAUUCCACAAUAGCUGUCAAUCUCCAAAAUUCAAGUGAAAAAUUCUAUCAAAAAAAUAAGACCAAUUUAGCUCAGGGUCACUUUUUUGUUAAGAAGAAAAGAGCAUUUGAUGGAUUUGCUAAUGUUUUGCAAAGCAGAACAAACUGCAAUAAAUGAUGUGUAAAACUGUAAAACUGCAACACCUAAGACUCCCACAAGGAUGAUGUCAUAUAGCAGGU